AUGCCCACCACUUUUCCCAAUUGUCCUAAAGUGAGUUUCUCUUUGACCUCUUCUAUUAUUCAUCCAUGACCUUCCAGGGAUGGCAUCACGACGAAGCCGGUCGAACGUGCUACCAUCUGGCACGUCGACGGAUGCGGCUCACAGAUGCCCAUUCCUAUUGCCAUAAAAUGCUCUCAGAUGGUUCCGCCCAUGUGCUACGGGUCGAGUGCGGCGGCGAGAAUGACUAUAUCAGCGAGUUGGUCAAAGGACAUUCGGCCAAAGUUUGGAUUGACGCGCGCGCUCGUUUCGAUAUUGUGGAUGGAUCUGCCGGCCUCUUCGGGCCCGGAUUCGUGUACCGAUGGCCGAAUGGAAAGAUCGUGCGGUACACAAACUGGGCAGACGGGAACGGGCUCGAAGAGAUUGGCACUUCCAACAAAUGCGUCACGAUCAAGAACGACGGACAGUGGGUGAAUGCAAACUGUUCGACGACCGCCGCCGUGAUAUGCGAAAAGAAACUGCACCGUCCGUACUCGAAGUUCUGUCCGAAACAUUGGGUUUAUAACAAAGAGACGCAGGCGUGCUAUCGGACAAUUUCCAAGACUAAUAUGACCAUUCUAGAGGCUGAUAACAAGUGUUUCGAUUACGGUAGGUCGCUUAAUUUCAAAAUUUGAGGCUUUGAAUCUUUCUGAUUGAAGGGUUUGAACAUCGUCAAGAUGCUAUGCUUACGAGCAUCAGCAAUGAAAGUGAGAAUCAGUUCGUGAUGAACUUGGCGAAGGAAAAAGAUGCGAACUUUGAGUUCAUCUACCUCGGCGGCUACGGUCGAUCGAAUAACGGAAACAAAUGGCAUUGGAUGGAUGGUGAGAUCAUUUGAAAGUUACCUAAUAACUAAUACUUAUCAUUCAGGCUCUGAAUUCAACUACCUGAACUGGGAUCGAGGAAUGCCGUUCGGAAGGCGUGCCUUGGCAGUUCUCGUCAUGAACAAGAGAGGGAAAUGGAUAAAUCACUACGCCGACAAAAUACUUUCCCAGUACAACGCCGUCGCCGUUUGCAAAUUCAAGUCCUAA